GAAACUUCAAGGGAAAUAACCUGUCCCACGCGUAAUGGUUCACAUGUAAACAGUUACAGUCUUAGUCUACUACCACUAGUCUACUAGAUCUAGAAUCUAGUACUUCUAGAAUCUAGACGUUCUACUUCAAUCACUGAACUCUUCCAAUUCUGCUAUUGAAAACAUGUCAGAUAAGUUAGCUAUCAAUGAGAUUCCUGUUGAUGAUACUUCAAAUGGCAUUGAUGAAUUGACUGCUUCAAAAGGUAUUAGUGAAUCAGCCACUUCAGAUGGUAUUGUUGAAUUGAAUUUAUCCAGUGACAUUGCUGAAAUGGAGUCCAAUCCUGUGUCCCAAGCUAACAUUCAACCGAACCUACAAAAACCUGGCUAUGCCUGCAUAAAAUCAGAAUUUCUUGUGACUAACUACAAGCCUGUAGUGCUGACAGAAUUUCUCUCUGAUGAGACCAAACUACAGAUAGAAAAAGAAGUGUGCACUUCAGAGGCUGAACCACCUGCCAAGAAAGCUAAACUAAAAGGUAGAAACAAACAUCGUCCAAGAAAUGAGAAAAUUCAAUCAAAGGACAAAAUGUGUCCUUCAAUUCUAAGAGAUCAAGUCUGUAACUAUGGUGACAAGUGUAUAUUCAGCCAUGACAGAAUUGAUUUCAUGAAGAGAAAGCCGGAAGAUUUAGGAAAUUCUUGUUAUCUCUUUAAAACAUUUGGUAAAUGUCAUUAUGGUCUGACAUGUCGUUUUGCUAAAAGUCAUCUUUCAGAAACUUUGGAGAAUGUUAUUGACAAUGAAAUUUAUCAGAACACAAACAAAGUCAAGGCAAUUAAUGAAUUAGCUGCAGAAGUAAAAAAAAAACUGUGGAAAAAGAAGUAUAAUUUUCAGGCUGCAGAUUCUAUAGUUAAAGAAGUCAAUAAAAAUUUCCAAAUGAAAAAUAAUUUAAACUUACAAAAACCUUUAAAUAGUGAAGAUCAUCGUAAGGAAUCACUAAUAGAACAGCAUUCUGAGUCCCCCAAACAACAGACUGAUCAGUCUAACUCAAUUAAACAAGAAACUCCAGAAAAUAAUUUACCUGCUAAUAAGGGGAACACUCUUGAUGAAAGGACCUCUUGUACAACAGAAUUAAAAAGUGAGUUAUCUCAAAUUCCACAAGAAAAAAGAGAAUGUGUUGGCUGUCUUCUGGAUGAAGAAAUGAUUCCACUUAGACCUGCAGAGAAACCUAAGAUUGAUUUUAGGAAUAAACUCUACCUGGCACCUUUAACCACAGUUGGAAAUCUUCCAUUUCGUCGCAUCUGUAAAAGUUAUGGUGCAGAUAUAACCUGUGGUGAGAUGGCCCUGUCCACACAACUUUUGCAAGGGAAACUAUCAGAAUGGUCUCUAAUUAAACGACAUCCAAGUGAGGAUAUAUUUGGUGUGCAGCUUUGUGGAGCCUAUCCUGACACAAUGACAAGGUGUGCACAGCUUCUGAAAGAAACAGCUCAAAUAGAUUUUAUUGACAUCAAUUGUGGAUGCCCAAUCGAUUUAAUCUGUAAAAAGGGGGCUGGAAGUGCUUUGCUGAGUAAACCAGGAAAAUUGGAACAAAUUUGUCGUUCCAUGAAAGCAGUAAUGGGGGAUAUGCCACUGACAGUGAAGUUGAGGACUGGUGAAAGUGAUGGGAAGAAUGUUGCUCAUACACUUAUUCCUCGUCUCCAAUCAGCUGGAGUUUCACUUGUGACACUCCAUGGUAGAUCCAAGGCACAGCGUUACACCAAAUUGUCUGAUUGGAAUUAUAUUGCUGAAUGUGCUGCUUUGGGAAUGCCCAUUUAUGGUAAUGGAGAUAUUCUGAGUUAUGAAGAUGUUAAUUUACACAUGCAACAAAGUGGAGUCAGUGGAGUCAUGAUUGCAAGAGGAGCAUUGAUCAAACCUUGGAUAUUCACCGAAAUCAAAGAAGAGAGACAUUGGGAUAUCUCUUCUGGGGAGAGAUUCGACAUUUUACGGACAUAUACAAAUUAUGGCCUCGAACAUUGGGGUUCAGACCAGCAGGGUGUAGAUAAUACUAGACGUUUUCUACUGGAAUGGCUUUCUUUCUUGCACAGGUAUAUUCCAGUGGGAGUUUUGGAAGUGGUGCCACAGCGAAUCAAUGAAAGACCUCCUUAUUUUGUCGGCCGCAAUGACCUAGAGACAUUGAUGGCCAGUGCAAGCUGUGCAGAUUGGAUUAAACUGAGUGAGAUGUUACUGGGACCAGUACCUGAUAAUUUUCACUUUUUACCAAAACAUAAGGCUAAUGCUUAUCAAUAAAGAAAUUUUAAAGUUAA